AUGGCCUCCGACGCGCUGAGCAGCUCCGACUCCUCGGGCUCGGAGUCGGAGUUUGAGAAGGAGGAGUCUGCGACGAGCAUACUGGACACGGCUGGGAAACCACAGCUCACCGUCAAGGCCGUGGCCGGGGGGAUCGUUGCAGGAUGCUGCGGCUCCUUCCUUGCCGUCUACUAUGGCUUGAAGACAGGCGUGACGCCGUCAUUGAACAUCAUCUCGGCGCUCUUGGGCUUUGCAGCGGUGCGACUGAUCCAGAAGUCUGGCAUCUCCAAGGGUGACUACACCCCACAGGAGACCUGUGUCAUCCAGACCAUGGCCGUGGCCUGCACGGAGGUGGCCUCGGCCUCCGGAUUCUCCUCAGGACUCCUUGGGAUGACCCGCGAGGCUGCUGAGCUGACAAAGAUCCCUGGCAGUAGCCUUACCGACGUGGUGGACCUACCUCUCGGCAAGACCAUGCUGUGGAGUAGCUCCAUUGCCUUCUUCGGCCUCUUCAUCGCUUUCCCCCUGCGGAACUACUGCAUCAUCGAGCGCAAGCUGCUCUUCCCCAGCGGCACCGCCACGGCCACGGUGAUCCGCACCUUGCAUGCGGACCCUUCGCACGUGCGGAAGAGCUUGAAGCUCUUGGCUCUCUUUGCAGGCAUCACCUGGGCUUGGAGCAUGUUCCUCUGGACUUUCCAGGGCCUGGGAGAAUUUCCCCUCUUCGGCUUGGCGGCGGCUAAGUACGGCUGGCAGAUGGACUGGGACCUCUCGCAGUUUGCUAUCGGCAUGCUCCUGGGCCCCAACAUCAACCUCUCCAUCCUCCUGGGCGGCUUCCUGGGGAGUGGGCUCCUGGGUCCUUGGGUGCAGAGCAACCACCAGUGUGAUGCCUCACUGAAGGGCGCCGGGAACCCGUCCUGCUGGUACUAUUCCGAUGCACCCAAGUAUUUAGACAUGAAGGCUUACACCCUGUUCCCCGGUAUUGCCAUGGUAGUGGUUGAUGGCUUCUAUUCCAUCGUCAAGCUCAUCUUCAUCGUGAUCAAGGGCUUCACGAGGCCCAACUCUUACUCAAACGCUGGGGCCGCAGAGGAAGGCGUGGAUGACCUCACUACGCAGCGGGAGCUGAUCCGGAUCUUCACGGGUGCGAAGAUCCCUCCAUGGGCUUACAUCGGAGGCUAUUUCGUGGCCAUCACAUUCUGCAUCUGCAUGGUGACCUGGCUCUUUGGCGUCGUUUGGUGGCAGGUCUUGAUGGCCAAUCUGCUGACACCGAUCUUCGCCGUGGGCAUCAUCAUCGGCAUGGGUAUGACCGAUUGGAACGUCUCCAGCAGCUUCGGAAAGCUGAUGAUGUUCCCGCUGGGCAUGCUGAAUCACGGCGGCUCCGUCAUCCCGUCUCUGGCCGUCUGUAUGAUCACCAUCAGCGGCUGUGGCAAUGCAGCGGCGCUGAUGCAGGAUUUCAAGACGGGCUACCUGGUGGGAGCCAGUCCCAGGACCAUGGCAGCAGCGCAGCUCAUCGGCGCGCUCGCUGGCUGCAUCGUCGCUCCAUGUACCUUUCACCUCUUCCGGAGUGCAUUUCCGAUCCCAAACGAUGAUCCGCACGCCUUCGUCCACGGUGUGUAUGGCCCCAUCUAUCGGGCGUUGGCUGCGAUAACCACCUCCGACGGCUUGGGCGCGCUGCCCAAGAACUGCGUCUCCUUCAUGCUUGGGGCUGCGCUCUUGGCCCUUGGCCUCAACGGCGGAAGCGACCUCGCCAAAAAGACCUGCUCGGGCUGCCAGCCCUUCGUGCCGAGCACCAUGGGGAUCAGCUUGGGGGUGCUGAUUGGCCCCUAUAUCGGCCUGGACUUUUGCUUGGGCAUGCUGCUCCAGCACUUGUGGCGGUUCUCAAGCCCCAAGCGGGAGCAGAAGUACAGCGUCAUCGUGGCGAGCGGCUGCCUGGCUGGCGCCGGCAUCUCCACUCUCUGCCAGGUGUUCCUCAGCCUUGGAAGCGUCUCAUCUCCGAUCGAAGUGAGCUUCGCCGCCGCCAAGUGA